CAUUUCUCGCACCUGCUGUCAAUUCCUGCGAAGAAAAUGCAGAAAAGUUCUUUUAAGACAACUGCGCUUUCUUCUUUUUGAACAUUUACAGAUGAUAUUACAAGUAUGUCAACCCAUCGGCGAGCACUUUCAUGAUACCCACUUAAUAAUUUAUGUGAAACUGAUAGUUUCUUGUUGUAAACACAUUCAAGUAUUGAAUAACUGCUGAGACCAUUAAGCAUGUUUCAUCUAAUUAAGAAAGACAAGGAAAAGGACUUGGGGAAGAAGGAAAAGAAAGAGAAGAAAGAACGGAUGUCCCCGGCAGAGCUUAAGAGCCUAGAAGAGAUGAGCAUUCGUAGAGGCUUUUUCCACCUUAAUCGAGGGAGCUCUAAGAAGGACCCCCGGAUCAAACUGGAGAUCUCGAGCCCGAUCCCAAUUAAGGUGGCGAGCAACACCGAGCUCUGCCUGACCAGCCUGGAGGCCGAGCAGCUUCCUAUCAAACCGGAGCAAGACGCGGGACAUAUCAGUGCAAGUGUUUCUAGUGAGGAGGUGAAGGAACCUGAACUGGUGCCUCAUCACAGCUCUGUAAAGGAGAGGGCCGCCAAGUUUGGAGAGCUGGCCAAGUUGAAUUCAGCGGUGGGUCAGAGACAAGCAGUGUUUUUCCAGAAAAUCUCAAAUGUUCCCGAGCGAAACUGGAAUGUGCCUAAUUCAAAGUCGUACCGCGAUCCAAAAGGAGUCCUCAUGAUGCCCAUCCCCGAGUUGGUGGAGAAGACCUUCCCAAGUGUGAACCUGCAGUUGCCUCCUCUUGUUGCUCCUCCAAUACCAGAUUCAAGAGAGCUGGAGCUGCAGCGUCGCAACACUGGGGAUUUUGGCUUCUCUUUGCGAAGGACCACCAUGCUAGACAGACAGCCCGAUGGAGGCGUGUGCCGGCGCGUGGUGCACUUCGCCGAGCCAGGGGCCGGGACCAAGGACCGGGCUCUGGGACUGGUGCCAGGAGACAGGCUGGUUGAAAUCAAUGGGAUCAAUGUGGAGAACAAAAGCCGGGAUGAAAUUGUUGAGAUGAUCCGUCAGUCUGGAGAGUCGGUCCGGCUGAGGGUGCAGCCGAUUUUGGAGCUGAGUGAGUUGAGCCGCUGCUGGCUGAGGAACCCUUCAGGCCUGCACAGACAAAUGUUUGACUCCAAGCUCGUCGAGGACCCUGUGGCCAUCCUUCAGGCUGCACACUCAGCUGCGUCUAAGGGAAAGACUGACGAGCAGAUAGCAGCAGAAAGAGUCUGGUACAACACUGAAAAAGUAUGGCUCGUCCACAAGGAUGGUUUUUCCUUGGCAACUCUCCUGAAGACAGAGACAGGCAGUCUGCCAGAGGGGAAGGUGAAAAUCCGCCUGGAGAGUGAUGGAUCUUUAUUGGAUGUGGAUGAAGAUGAUGUAGAGAAGGCAAACCCUCCAGUGUUUGACCGAGUGGAGGACCUGGCCUCGCUGCAGUACUUGAACGAGUCGAGCGUGAUGCACUCUCUUCGGCAGCGCUAUGGCAGCAACCUGGUGCACACCCAUGCUGGACCAAACAUGGUGGUCCUCAACCCCAUCAGCGCCCCUUCGAUGUAUUCUGAGAAGGUGAUGCAAAUGUUCAAGGGCUGCAGAAGGGAGGACACGGCCCCUCAUAUUUACAGCAUGGCACAAGCUGCCUACAGGAACCUGCUCACCACUCGCCAGGAUCAGUCUAUUGUCUUGCUGGGCAAGAGUGGGAGCGGCAAGACGACCAACUGUCAACACAUCAUCCAGUAUCUUGUUACCGUCGCUGGGAGCACCAACAAAUCCUUCUCCACGGAAAAAUGGCAGGCUGUCUAUUCUGUUUUGGAGGCUUUUGGGAACGCUUCCACCUGCAUGAAUGGAAAUGCUAGUCGUUUCUCCCAUAUUGUUUCUUUGGACUUCGACCAGGCCGGCCUGGUGACGUCAGCUUCUAUCCAGACCAUGCUUCUGGAGAAAACCAGGGUUACAAGAAGACCAGAGGGAGAGUCCACUUUUAAUGUCUUUUACUACCUGAUGGCUGGAGUGGACAGCUCUCUGAGGACUGAGCUGCACCUCAACCACUUUGCAGAAAACAAUGCGUUUGCCAUCAUGCCACAGAAUAAGGCGGAGGAUAAGCAGCGGGCCUCUCAGCAGUUUUCCAAGCUGCAAGCAGCCAUGAAGGUUUUGGGGAUCAGUGCUGAUGAGCAGAGAGCCUUCUGGCUCGUUCUCGGGGCCAUCUACCAUCUUGGGGCUGCAGGAGCAACCAAGGCUGGCAGGAAACAAUUUGCACGUCAUGAGUGGGCCCAAAAGGCAGCCUACCUGCUGGGUUGCACCCUGGAGGAGCUCUCCUCCUCCAUCUUCAAGCACCAGGCCAAGGGCACCCUGCCCAGAGCCAGCACCAUCCGCCAGGCUUCUGACGAAAACGGCGCAGCAGAUGCAGCAUCCAAAUCUACAGCCAUGGAGUGUUUAGAGGCCAUGGCAUCUGGGCUUUAUUCAGAACUCUUCACUAUCCUCAUUUCUUUAAUAAACCGGGCCUUGAAGUCCAGCCAGCACUCCCUCUGCUCUCUGCUCAUUGUGGACACGCCGGGCUUCCAGAACCCCAGGCUGGCCAAGCGUGAGUGCGGCGCAACCUUUGAAGACUUGUGUCACAACUACACCCAGGAACGGCUGCAGACCCUCUUCUACCAGCGCACCUUUGUUCAGGAGUUGGAGAGAUACAAAGAGGAGAACAUUGAGCUUUCCUUAGAUGACACAGAGCCCAGCACAUCCUUGUCUGUGGCCGUGGUUGAUCAAGCCUCAAGCCAAGCACUGGUUCGGACGGUUCGAACAGAUGAGGCACGGGGCCUGUUGUGGCUGAUGGAGGAGGAGGCGCUGCACCCCGGGGGAUCAGAGGAAACUCUUCUCGGGCGUUUAUUUAGCUACUAUGGACCUGCUGAGGGCGAGAGCAAAGGUCACACUUUCCUCUUAAAGAGUGAAAAGGAAAACCAUUUCCUGCUGGGCCACAGUCAUGGCACCGACUGGGUGGAGUAUGACGUGCGGGGGUGGCUGAACCACGCCAAGCAGAACCCCGCUUCUACCAAUGCUGCCAGCCUAUUGCAAGACUCCCAAAAAAAGGUCAUCAGCUCGUUGCUCAUGAGCCGAGCAGGAGGAGCCACUGUACUGUCUGGAUCAAUCGCGGGCCUUGAGGGUGUUUCCCAGCUGUCUCUGCGGCGGGCUACGAGCAUGAGGAAGACUUUCACCACAGGGGUGGCGGCUAUGAAGAAAAAGUCAUCUUGCAUCCAGAUAAAGCUUCAAGUGGAUGCUCUCCUUGACAUGGUGCGGAGGUCCAGGAUUCAAUUUGUUCACUGCAUAUUGCCCAAGGCAGAUGCCCUCAAGGCUCUGAGUGGAUCCCUGUUCAAAGGCGGUGAGAGUGAGGCUCAGGGAGAGAGUGGAGAUCCGGGUUUAAUGCAGCUGGAUGUAGCCCUGCUCCGUGCACAGAUGCGUGGAUCCAAGCUGCUCGAUGCUCUCCGGAUCUACCGGCAAGGUUACCCCGAUCACAUGGUGUUCUCGGAGUUUCGACGGCGUUUCGACGUGCUGGCGCCGCACCUCACCAAGAAACACGGGAGGAAUUACAUAGUGAAGGACGAGAAGAGAGCUGUGGAGGAGCUACUGGAGUCCCUGGAUUUGGAGAAGAGCAGCUACCACAUGGGUCUGAGUCGGUUGUUCUUCAGAGCUGGCACCUUGGCGAAGCUGGAGGAACAGAGGGAUGAGCAGACCAAGCGCAAUCUGACCCUGUUCCAGGCGGCCUGUAGAGGCUUCCUGGCACGACAGGCCUUCAAGAAGCGAAAGAUUCAGGAUCUAGCCAUCCGGUGCCUCCAGAAAAACAUCAAAAAGAACCGCGGCGUGAAGGACUGGCCAUGGUGGAGGCUCUUUACCACAGUACAGCCCCUCAUAAAGGUCCAGCUCAGCGAGGAACAGAUGCGCAGCAAAGAUGAGGAGAUACAGCAGCAGAAGCAGAAGCUGGAGAAGGUUGAGAAAGAGCGAAAUGAGCUGAGGCUCAACACGGAUCGAUUGGAGAGCAGGAUUGCAGAUUUGCUGGUGGAGCUCACUGAUGAGAGGAGCACCAGCGAGUCGGCAUCUCAGCUACUGGAGACAGAGACUUCAGAGAGACUCCGCCUGGAGAGGGACUUGAAGGAUCUACAGGUGAAGUUUGAUGCCAUGAAGAAACAGCUGGAAUCACAGGAGAUGGAGGUGAUGGAAGCGCGGCUCAUGAAAACAUCAGAGCUCAACGGAGAGCUGGAGGAUGACGACGAUAGUGGAGGCGAGUGGCGGAUAAAGUACAACCGAGCCAUUCGUGAAAUGGACUUCACUAAAAAGAAACUGCAGCAGGAGUUUGAUGACAAGCUGGAGACGGAGCAGCAGAGCAAAAGACACACUGAGAGAAAGCUGGCCGAUUUGCAGACAGAUAAUGAGGAUCUGCAGCGCUCCGUGCAGCAGCUGAAGAAGAAGUGUCAGAAGCUGACUGCGGAGCUGCAGGACACCAAGCUUCACCUAGAGGGCCUGCACAGCCGCAACCACGAUUUGGAGAAGAAACAGAGGAAAUUUGACCUGGAGCAGAACCAGGCUCAGGCUGAGGUACAGAGAGAAAAGAGCCAAAGGGAGAAGUUGGCUCGAGAGAAAGACAUAAUGACUGGCGAGAUGUUUAACCUCCGCCAGCAGCUGCAGGACAAGGACAGCGAGCUGUGCGCCGCGAAUGCAAAGGUGCAGCAGCUGGAGGCCGAGCUGCAGGAUCUGUCCUCCCAGGAGUCCAAAGAUGAGGCCUCGCUGGCCAAGGUCAAGAAGCAGCUGCGUGACCUCGAGGCCAAGGUGAAGGACCAGGAAGAGGAGCUGGACGAACAGGCUGGAUCCAUCCAGAUGCUUGAGCAGGCUAAGCUGCGGCUUGAGAUGGAGAUGGAGAGGCAGCGGCAGACCCACUCUAAAGAGAUUGAAAGCAAAGAAGAGGAAGUAGAUGAGAUCAGGCGCUCCUGUAGUAAGAAGCUGAAGCAGAUGGAGGUACAGCUGGAGGAGGAAUAUGAAGACAAGCAGAAAGUGUUGCGUGAGAGGCGAGAGCUGGAGUCCAAACUGCUGAAUGCCCAGGACCAGGUGAGCCAGAGGGACGUGGAGACGGAGAAGAGGCUGAAGAAAGACUUGAAGAGAACAAAAGUCCUUCUGGCGGAUGCUCAGAUCAUGCUGGACCAUCUGAAGAGCAACGCCCCCAGCAAGAGGGAGCUCGCCCAGCUCAAAAAUCAACUGGAGGAGUCAGAGUUUACCUGCGCAGCAGCUGUGAAGGCCCGAAAGAGCAUGGAGAUCGAAAUCGAGGACUUGCACAUUCAGAUGGAGGACGUGGUCAAAACGAAGAUUUCGUUGGAAGAGCAGCUCAGCCGUCUGCAGAGGGAGAAGAAUGACUUGCAGUCGCGCAUGGAGGAGGACCAGGAGGACAUGAACGAGCUGAUGAAGAAACACAAGGCUGCGGUUGCCCAGUCUGCCAGAGAUUUGAGCCAGAUCAGUGACCUGCAGGCGCAGCUGGAAGAGGCCACAAAGGAGAAGCAGGAGAUCCAAGAAAAGCUGCAUUCCCUGCAGAGCCAACUGGAGUUCCAGGAGCAGUCUAUGGUGGAGAAGUCUCUCGUGAGCCGUCAGGAGGCCAAGAUCCGUGAGCUGGAGACCAAGCUGGAGUACGAGCGAACGCAGAUCAAGCGCAUGGAGAGUCUGGUGGGCCGCCUCAAGGAGAAUCUCGAAAAGAUGACAGAGGAGAGAAACCAACGCAUCGCUGCAGAAAACAGGGAGAAGGACCAGAAUAAACGCAUGCAGCGACAGAUAAGAGACAUGAAAGAAGAAAUGGCAGAGCUGUCCAAAAAGGAGUCGGAGGCAAGCCGCAAGAAGCACGAGCUGGAAAUGGACAUCGAGAGCUUAGAGGCGGCAAAUCAGAGCUUACAAGUGGACCUUAAGCUGGCCUUCAAGAGGAUAGGCGACCUGCAGGCUGCCAUCGAGGACGAGAUGGAGAGCGAUGACAAUGACGACUUAAUCAACAGUUUGCAAGACAUGGUGACAAAAUAUCAGAAAAGAAAGAACAAAACUGGGGACGACACAGAAACGGACUCGGAGGUCGAGGACCGUGUGGAUGGAGUCAAGUCGUGGCUCUCGAAGAACAAAGGCUCCACCAAGACCCUGUCAGACGAGGGAAGUCUGAAGAGCACCAGCCCUCCUGUGUACCGGAGACACCUGAGUCUUGGCAGAUCUGAUGAAGAGGAUGAGGCGGACAGAGACUCCAGCCGGCAGCCGCUGAAGCAGAGCAGCAGCGAAGGUUUAUUAGCAGAAAGCUUGUCGUAACCCACAGCCCGGCAACCUUGUUCUCGUGGUGACACCAAUCACACAGGAGGGACACACACACCUCUCUCUACAGAAAUUUAUUACAACUUUCCUGCAAGCAAGGACAGACCCUGAGCUGGAAAAAGAGAGAGAGAGACGGUUUUCUGGAAGUUGAGCGGGACAUUUCAUCAUACCUUCCUUAUGGCACAGUCGCCGACAUCCCAAAUUUUGAGUUUGCUUCUAUAAAUUAAAUUCUGGCUUUCAAGUUUUGGGUUGACUCGACAUAUGGAAUAAGUGAGCCUCAAAGAGCAGGGACACUGAGCACUAUCAAAAGAACUUUCUGCCACUACUUUAUUUCUAAGAGCUGCUUUUCAGGCAAAUUUAAGCACUCCCCUGCACUCUUCCUGACUCCGAUAGCUCAGCCAAGAGGAUUUAGAUAAGCCUGCUCUGGCUGGACGUCUUCUUGAAGGUCCGACCAACUAUUAAGAUUAUUCUUAUCUUUUCCCCAUUAACAUGGACUAGCGCCCUGGGAGGAAUUAACCCAUUUUAAUUAAUUAUCUCACUGUAAGUUUACAUGUGGCUCUUGUUCCAAAUAGAGAUAUCCAUCGUUCGAACAAAGCGAUUCUAGGUCGUGAUUGUGGACAUGAAAGUAAAAUCAUGUUUGAAAAUACAUUUCUGUUUGAUCCAAGCUGUCAGAUGGUUCAGAGAAGUCCUCUUUAUAUGCUUAAAAUCUGAAUAUAGAUUCUGAAAUGAAAAUAUAUUAGCUGAUAAAAAUGUGUAAUUUAAGACUUUAUGUGUAAAUUAAGAUUAAGAUUUUUCCAAACAUAGCGUAGCGUUUCAUCUAGAUAAAGUCCAUGUGGGAUUGUUGUUUUAUCUUCGAGUGAAGUGCGUGCUCGAAGCGUCUGUGGUACUUGUGAUUGUUCAAAGGGAAUGCAUUUGAUUGCCGCUGAAAACAAGCUGUCCAUAGAGCUGCUAGAGCUUUCAAAUGCUGACGAACUGCAGUCCCUAUAGAGGCUUUAUCUAGCAGCAUCGUCAUCUCAGUAUCGUCUGGAUUUGAAUAUAUAUUACGAAUUGUAUUGUGAUGUUGUAAUUGUAAAUUUGAAUACUUUGUUAAAGUGUGCAAAGUGCAGAUUCUCCUUGAAUGAAGGGAUUUUUGGCCAUAUUGGUUCAAGCAGUAAUCUAAUGCAUUUUGUCAGUACAUUAUGGUCUUGAUAUUCCAAGGUGCCAAAUCUAAAGAGAUGGGAAUUAAACCAGCAGCAUCCCUCAACUUACAGUAGUGUGCAGUACAAUUCUCCAUGACUGGGGGGAGCACGGGUGGAGGUGGAGUCAUGAAGCAUUGGUGGUGGCAGCACUAUAUAUUAUAAAAUCACAUGUAAUAUUAAUUGAAUCUAAUAGAAUGAAGUAAAAUGGAGACAAAUUUGUUUUCUUCUUCAAUCAUGUUUUGCUUGGGAUGGCCUCUGAAUCAUCUUCUUCAAAUAUCCUCUAAAAAAAAAAAAAGAAAACUGUAAAACAAAUGAAGUGUAACUGUUUUAGUUGCAGACCAUAAAUACUGUAAAAACAUCUGAGUCGCAUGAGUAGUGUUUGACUUUUUAUUGUAUUUGAAUCCAAACAGCUGUUAACAAGAAUAUCCUGUUAUGUCAAAAGAAGAAAGAAAGAAAAGACCAGAGGUCCAGCGCUGAACCAGAAAUUACAACUUGGCCUGAGACGAAGAAUGUCUGGAGAGAGAGGGGUGGGGGGCACCAUGUGGUUCAAGCUUUGUCGGGCUCCUCCCACACUUUGAGAAGCCCUGAUCUAAGAAGAUUCGGAUGUUGACUGUGAUUGGCUUUUUAAUGAGAAGCAUAAUGCAGAUUGGAUUUUUAAUUACUUAGCUUUGCAGAGAAACACCGAUGUCAAAAUGUUAAAACUUGAGCUGUGUAACUGAAGCGUGAAGCCAAGGUUCUGGCAGCAUUUUCAUUAUGUGACCCUCGUUUAUUUUUACUAAAUUAGUCACACCACCAGCAUACUGUUGGUCCAAAAAAAAAAAAAAAAAUAGGCAGAAAUACUUUUAAAAUGAAGUCGAUGAUUAAUAUUUGUAUGUUUCAGA